CGGCGCUCUGGUCGUGAGAGAGGAGCCUCCCUUCCCGUUCGCCCGUGAGCCAUCCGCGCGAUCCCUUCGACUGGACACUGCGCCGCUUAUUAUCCAGUUCCACCACGGCCGAGAUACUCCGGGAAAGUGUCGGUUAAAGUGCCCGUUCACCGUGUAACUCUGCCCACCGGCUACAUCGCUCGCUACGGAAAAUGGCAUCUGGAGUGACAGUCGCGGACGUUUGCAAGACAACGUACGAGGAGAUCAAGAAAGACAAAAAGCACCGAUAUGUGAUUUUCUACAUCAAAGACGAAAGGCAGAUAGAUGUCGAAGUUAUCGGACCCCGCGACGCCGCUUACGACGCCUUCCUGGAGGAUUUACAGAAGGGCGGCAGCGGAGAGUGCCGUUACGGCCUGUUUGACUUCGAAUAUACCCAUCAGUGUCAGGGUACUUCCGAGGCAUCCAAGAAACAAAAACUGUUCUUGAUGUCGUGGUGUCCCGACACGGCCAAGGUUAAGAAGAAGAUGUUGUACUCGAGUUCCUUCGACGCUUUGAAAAAGUCGCUGGUCGGUGUGCAAAAGUAUAUACAGGCGACAGACUUGUCGGAGGCUUCCGAGGAGGCUGUCGAGGAGAAGCUUCGAGCUACUGACAGGAAUUAGGAGUAUUCCAGCAAAUCCCAAAACCCACUAUUACAAGAUAAGAAAAAGAAAAUCAAGUGGAAUACAGUACAUCGCGAAUUAACUUCCCAGAAACAACAACAAAAAAAAAACAAUAAUGCUCUAUACUGUCGUUGCAUCGAGGGUUCACGUUUUUACAUAUUUUUCACUUUUAAACGAGACCGAUUAUCAAGUAUUUUGCGUACAUAUGUUAGUCAUCAUGGGAGUGAAUAUUAGCAAAAGUAAACAGAAAUGGAAAAAAGGAAGAAAAAAAAGGGCCAAUCAUCCCUUUUCCAUACUGCGGACGUUGUGUGAAUCUGUCUGAUAUAAUAUUAAUAUUAUACUAUAUUAUUAUAUAAUUAUAAGAUAAUUGUACAAGAAUACAAAACAAUUUACAACCAGUCAAA